AAUGCUCGGCCGCCAGACUAAUUUUAGACUGUGUGUGUGCAAUCCCUUCCACAGCAGCAGUCUCGAACUCCGAAAUGGUUUGGCAGUCAUGGGCAGUUUAUUCACCCGAUGACAGUCGUCGCCAAUUGGACACCUAAAUGAUGGACUCAAGAAGAUAGGCUACAUUCUAUACAAGCGGUCUAUCCUCCAACAACCUUGAAACUUUGAAACAAUAAUUUUGGGAGAUGGCGAGUGACGACCAGGUGGCCAUCUUGACAGACGACGAGGAAGAUCAGAAGAGGAAGUACGUCAUGGCAGAACCCUUCAACACCCUGUCCAAAACCUUGGAUCAGAUGGCAGCAGGUGCGGACACCACCGCUGCCUCCCAAGGUCCAGCAUCACCCCCGACAGACACAUCUGACACCCCCAGCAAUGACUGCCUGGAGAGGAACUGCGUGCAGAUCGACAACCACCUACUCAUCUCCAAGGUCUUCUACUUCUUCUUCUAUGCGGCCUAUGGGUCCCUGCACCCGUUGCUGUCUGUCUACUACAAGCAACUGGGCAUGACGCCCAGCCAGAGUGGCCUGCUGGUCGGGAUUCGGUACUUCAUAGAAUUCUGCAGCGCCCCCUUUUGGGGGGUGGUGGCGGACCGCUUCAAGAAGGGCAAGGUGGUGCUGCUGUUCUCCGUCUUCUGCUGGUUGGUGUUCAACUGCGGCAUCGGCUUCAUCAAGCCUGCCUCCAUGACCUGCGUGGAAAGGAAACCUACAGUCGUGUCCCCCACCAGUCCCGCCCAGAUCGGUCCGUCGGCCAAUCACAGCAGGAACCGCAGGGGUGCGAGUGGAGACUUUUUCCCCCUCCCUUUUGCAUCAGACUCAGUUAGUGCUCCCCUGCACAGGUAUGUGAGGAGCGAUGGUGGUAAUAUCACUGGACCCAGUACUGUCACGGGACCUGUGCCUUCCUCCACCAUCUCCACAACAAUGUUGACAUCUUCCCCCUCCACCACCACCACCACCACCACCACCACCACCACCACCAAAACAAAAACAACAACAAAAACAGCAGCAACAACAACAGCCGGCUCAAAACCUGCCUCAAAUCUGACCAUGACCAAACCAACCACCACAACCACUACUACCAAAGUCUAUGACAUCAUCUCCAACCACGACCAGGUGGAGACCAUCUUCCUCCUGAUCCUGCUGGUCAUCAUCAUUGGCGAGUUCUUCAGUGCUCCGGCUAUGACCAUCGUGGACACGCGCACCCUGCAGUACCUGGGCUCCCACCGGGACCGCUAUGGUCUGCAGAGGAUGUGGGGCUCCCUUGGCUGGGGCCUGGCAAUGCUGUGCGUGGGCAUCUGGAUCGACCACACCCACAUCAAGCUCUUCAUCCAGGGCACCGGCUGCAUCGUGCCUGACUACAAGAACUACCAGAUAGCCUUUAUUGUCUUUGGUGUCCUGAUGGCUGUUGCUUUUAUAGUGUCUACUCAGUUCUACUUUGAGAGUAGUACUAAUGACCAUCGGCCAAUGGAGGCACAGGUGGAGGAGGAUAAGAGACAGGAUAUGGAAUCUCCUCAAGCGUCCAGUGGCGUUUCAUCUCCCGAAGGGCAUACGGUGGAAUCGUUAGAAUCUCAAAGUUCCAUCAGCCAGCGGUUCCUUUACUGGGACCUCCUUCGGCUGCUGUGCAGUGUGCAAUACGGCUCGGUGCUCUUCGUGGCCUGGUUCAUGGGAUUCGGCUACGGCUUCGUGUUCACUUUCCUCUACUGGCACCUGGAGGACCUGAAGGGGACCACCACGCUUUUUGGAGUCUGCUCGGUGCUGAGCCACAUCUCGGAGCUGGUAGCCUACUUCACCAGCCACAAGCUCAUCGAGCUCAUCGGCCAUAUAAGGGUGCUGUACAUCGGGCUGGCCUGCAACACGGCCCGCUAUCUGUACAUUUCCUACCUGGAGAACGCCUGGGUUGUCCUGCCCAUGGAGGUCCUUCAAGGUGUGACCCAUGCCUCAGUGUGGGCAGCGUGUAUCUCCUACCUGAGUGCUGCUGUACCUCCAGAGCUAAGGACCUCUGCCCAGGGUAUCCUCCAGGGCCUGCACCUGGGGCUGGGCCGGGGCUGUGGGGCCAUGGUGGGGGGAGUGUUUGUCAACUUCUUUGGAGCAGCCCACACCUUCAGAGGGAUAGGAAUCGCCUCCCUCGUCAUCCUCCUCCUCUUCGCUCUCAUCCAAUGGCUGGCUGUGCAGAGUGGGGAGAAAAAUACCAAAAUGCUGGCGGAGAACAUUCCCGUCCCCUCCAGUCCUGUUCCCAUAGCAACCAUCGACGUUAUCCAAUCAGAUAACGUCGCCGCAACAACGCCACCACCAAGGAAGACCAAGCACCAGGAGGAGCAGGAGGACAUGAGCAAGCCCGCCUGGGUGGUGUCCGCCUCGCCCUGGGUCUCCCUGGCCUUCGCCCUGCACCAGAUCAGAGAGAUCGCUGUCCUGGCCAGGAGCAGCCCUGCCAACAACCAUCAGCCGCUCGAGGAGAUCAAUGAGAUCAGCAUAGAUGAACCAACAGAGGAAACCUCCCAGUCCUCAUCUCAAGACCCCCCCAGCAGGUCCCCACAGACGGAACCCUCUCAGGGGGAAACCCCCCUACCUGACCAGGAUCCCCCUAUGCCUGCGGACCAACCACCCCUCCCCACUGGCCACACACAGUAAAGAGGGAACACAUUGCACAUUUUGAGAAACUGUCCCCAAAUGUUUUCCAAGCAACACCACCAACCGACAGAGUCAAGUGCUGGCGGAAGACCAGUUAUUAAAAGAGUGAAGAGUAUGAUUUUACAGACUGGACAGAUGAAAAAUACAGGCCAAAAUGAGAGGUUAUAUUUUUCCUCUUAGCAGAGGACUUAACCAGAGCCUUUAGGGAUCUGAGGAAAAGCUCUUGCCUUGAAGUAGCUACUGUUGCACUUUCAAAUGGAUGUAAAAAUUGUAAGUUAUUUUUUAAAACUUGGAAAUCUGGAUAUUAGGUUUGAUUGAAUUAGGGUUCUAUUUGUCUCAAUGGCCCUCAAACUGAUCAAGUGCCUGAGCCUCGUCAUAGGUUGGUGAUUCACACUCAUGCAGAAGUGACACACUCAAUCUAAAUAGCCAUGUGUGUAAUGGCUGCUUACAUAGAGUUUAGGUGCACGUUCAAUAAGAAAACGUUGUGGAACCUUGCAGAUAGAAAUGUUAUGAUUGGAACCGACAGAAAGUCAGAGAGACAUGUUUGUUCUACAUACUAGGCUGUAUCUGGAACAAGUUGCUCUCCAGAAUGUGGCCCUGCUAUUACAUGUAAAUGUUUACUGUGUCUAGUCUGACUAUCAACCACUGAUGCCGUGGAAAAAUACUUAUUUAAAAAAGGUUUAUGAAGUGAUCGUGUCAGAUCUGAUAUCCACCAGUCUUUCAGGGUAAUGUCUAUUUAACUAUAACUCCCAUCAGUUAUCCCCCCCCCCCCCCUGUGAAUGUAUUUCCACAUGCAUAUGUCUAAUGCCUGGCCAAAAUUUCACAAACAUAAAAUAUUUAACUACAGUCUUAUUUAGACAGAAAUUGCAAGUAUGUCAAACUGCUGUCCUCCAGGACUAUCUAAAACUGUUCAGACGUUGUAAUGACCUAAGCAUUUUACAUGGCAUGGCUCAUCUGCUGCGUAGCCUAAGCCAAUGUAUUUUAAAUCAGGCAGCCUUUACUACUCUCAGUGCUCUGUGGCCUUUUUGUAUCUCUUUAAGGUGAAACAUCAGUUCACAAUACAAUGUCACUGGGAAAAAAGAUGGGCUUAUUUAUUAAUCAAUUGAAACAAACCUUAAAAAGAAUCAUCCUUGGAUCAUAAUGGCCCAAAUCAUCAUUCCCAAAAUACAAAAACAUUAAAAAUGAUGUUUGAUAUAAAAUUACAAUAAACGUUUUUUUUCUUUCUG